UCUCCAGGAUUCAACCGGUCGAUCCCCGGCUUCUCCCGGUUCUCCAUGACCGGACCGGAAGCUGAUGGGGUCCACAACCUCAAAAUAAGGAACGUGACACUCGAGGACGACGGUGCCUACCAGUGCCAAGUGACACCGAAGGGGGACGCGCUGCCUAUCCGACACGCUGCGAUGUUGACUGUCUUGAUUCCUCCUUCAAGCAUCGAGAUCGUGGGACGACGGAAGAACGAGCGAAUAACCGAAAGAGCAGGGAAUUCCAUUACUCUUGAGUGUCUCGUCAAAGAUUCGAAACCUGUGUCUCAAAUACAGUGGUUUAGGGACGGUGCUGAUAUCAGUCUUGAUUUGUCAGUGAAAUGA